UGAUUUCCCUUUUAGAAUUCUGCGUUCUGUGGUGUGCUGCUGCUGUCCUAGCGUGCCUGCCCUAAACGUUCAUACAGCCACCAUUCGUAUCUAUCUUCUCUCAAUCACAGACCUGCGGAUCCUCUGUCGAUUGAUGACAGGCACGGCAUGAACAAGCACACGAGCCGCAGUAGAGCAACGACUGGCGCGGCCGAUAUAGCUCUCGUCUUUGCUCGCCGAGACACACGCCCCAGCCUCCCCACACACGCCAUCGCCAACGUCGACUCUGCAGCGCACUCGCCGCCUUCCAGCUCCUUAGACAGGCGUUCGUCUGCUUCCACUGUUCGCCUCGUUUCCCGGCGCGCAGCCACGCUGGAGUCGCACGGUCGUGUUAGUAGGUCGGAUCCAUUUGCAGGCUCUCCGGGUUUGCUGGCGUGGGUUGCGGAGGAGCGUCCGCUUGUCGGUAGCGGCACCAGCUACGGCCGCCAUGGUCUUGUGAGAGCGGCAAUCUUGGGCGGGUCGAUCGACGCGGUCAUCUACGACGGCUUCAAGCCCUACUUCGAUUCCGCUCCACGAUGGCGGCAGGCCCCUUCCACCGUCCCCCUGCGCAUCCUUUCCGCCUCCCUCCCCUCCGGGCGCUGCUCCCUCUCCCUCCUCCGCCACCCCUCUCCCGGCCCCCUCCCCCCCACGGAGUCUUCCGCCCAGCGCAGCGCGCUGCAGCAGCGGACGGCGCAGGUGCAGAGGAGAAGGCGGCUAGCCGGCAGAAUGCAGGAGGCGCUGCCGUUCCACCGUCAGUUUUGCCUGAAACCGUUUGAACUGGCGCGGGGCGUGGCGACGUUACCCCUGGAGAUGUGCCGUGGGGACCACAUCAUCACCAUCGUCACCACUGCCUCCCUGCCGUGGCUCACUGGCACGAGCAUCAACCCGUUGAUGCGAGCGGCUUAUCUGAGCCGCCUAUGCGCCAUGCGCGUGCUGCUGCUGCUGCCCUGGAUCCCGCCCUCGGACCAGCGGGUCGUGCACCCCGCGCACGUGUUCGACACACGCGCGCAGCAGGAGGCCUUCGUGCGCGAGUGGAUCCACAAGCGCCUGGGGUUCGAGCCCGUGUUUCGGAUCUCGUUCUACGACGCGUGGUACGACCCGCGCAAGGGCAGCAUCUUCCCUCUGGACCGGUCGGACGUGUCAGAGUGUGUGCCGGACGAGGAGGUGGAUGUGGCGGUGCUGGAGGAACCCGAGCACCUCACCUGGUACCACAUGGUCGGCCCCAAGUGGAGAAUUCGUUUCCCCCUGUCACUCGGCAUAGCGCACACCAACUACACCGAGUACAUCAAGCGCGACCUGCAGUACGGCGGGCCGCACGCGGCGGCGUUCCUGCUGGUGUACUCGUGGCUAGUGGCGCGCGCCAACUGCCACCGCGUCAUCCGCCUGUCGGGCGCCGUGCAGCCGUUCAGCGACUCGGUGGUGUGCAACGUGCAUGGGGUGUCUCCCCAGUUCCUGGACGAAUCGCAUGUGACCCCGCCGCAUGCGUCGGGGGUCUACUUUGUGGGCAAGGUUCUCUGGGGCAAGGGCUACCAGGAGCUCUGCGAUUUGAUGCGGCACCACUGCAACAAGCACGGCCGCCCCACGCUCCCCCCUGCCCUGCCCCCUGCUGUGCCUGCUGCUGUGCGUGCAAGCACAGACAGGAAGGCAGACGCACAGAUGAACGGGCAUGGAAACACACUCUCACAUGCACACACGAACGGGCAUGGAAACACACUCACGCAUGCACACACGAACGGGCAUACAAACACACACGCAGACGCAGAUGCAGUCACAGAUGGUCAUCGGAACGCGCAUACCGGUGGCGCUUGUGCAUGUGAUGCGCCCAGGCCUCGCAACGGGUGCUAUCACAGCGAAGUGGGCAAGGCUGCAGCAGAGGGAGAGAGGAAGGAGGAGCAAGGGGAGGAUGAGGCGAAAGGGGUGCAGGAGGAGGCAAAAGGGAAGGAGGGUGGGGAGGAUGGGGAGAGGUUCUGGGUGCAUGCGUACGGAGAUGGGUUUGAGGAGGGGCAAGUGAAGGCGUUUGCUGCCAAGCACGAGCUACCAAUAGUGUUCCACGGACGCAAGGACCACGCAGACCCUGAGAUCCGCAACUUCAAGGUGUUUGUGAACCCGAGUGUGAGCGACGUGCUGUGCACGACGACAGCGGAGGCAGCAGCCAUGGGGAAAAUCCUGGUGCUGUGCCGGCACCCGUCCAACGAGUUCUUCAUUCAGAACAUACCUGAUAACUGCGUCAUCUAUGACCCCAACGACCCAGAUGACUUCUCUGCAGCAGUGGCGCGUGCAUUGGCGCAUCCCCCCCGCCCGCUAACACCGGAGGAGAAGAGAAUAUUCACAUGGCAGGCUGCUACGGAGCGAUUCAUGCAGGUGGCUGGCCUUGCUGCACCCUAGGCUGGCAUGUUGCCCCCUCUCCUCCUCGCAUGCCGUUUAUCUUCCUCCCCUCUCUCCCUCAUUCCUCCCUAGAAGCCUUUUGCCUGCUGUGCAGGGCCAUGAGCCCUGCACCUUAAAAUUCAAACCACGUGUGGUACCAUCGGAGGGGUGAGACAAGAAGACCCCCCUGUGUGCAUCGUUGGUCUUCAGAUCAGCACACGCACUUGGGACACCUAUUCAACCCCCCCCCACCAUGCCAAACCACACCAAUAUCCAAAUGUUUCGAUGACUCCCUAUACUGGGCAAAUUUGGUCCACACAUCGUGUGUUGGAAAGAAGCCUGGGCUCGGUUGCGCAUGGGUUGCGUAAAUGCUGUUGGGAAGUCGUUCCGGGUAGACUUUGGCCUCUUUGUGUACACCUACCUACAAGCUGACUUGCCAGUGGGUUGUAGAAUAAAAUUGAAGGCCAGGGCAUUUAUUUUAUUGCCUAUGCUAUUAUAUUGCAAUGCUGAAUUGUCUGCAGAGCAAAUAAUAAUCUGGACCCACGGGGGGGCGAGACAAGCUGACCUGCUGGGUUAUGUCAACUUAUACAUGUUAGCUGUGUACAAGUUAUA